CGAGUUAAUCAUUUCCUGUGGAAAGUGUGCGGGAGGGGCGGGAGCGGGGCGGGCCGAGGAGGCGGCGGCGUGGAGCUGCCUCCCGCCGGCGGGCCGGGUCGGGCCGAGCCCCGGGCUCUGCGGCGACGCCGGGAUCCUGCCUCCGCCAGGCCGGCUGCCCGGCGCCCCGACGACGAGGCCGCUGAGCCCCGGGCCAUGGUCCCGUCUCGCCGGCCGUGGAACCUGGGAGCCACGCCCUCGCUGCGCGGCCUGUGGAGAGUGGGCCGGGCCCGGGAGCCCGAGCCCGGGAUGGCUCGCCCCGCCCCCGCCAGCCCGGCCGCCCGCCCUUUCCCACACACCGGCCCGGGGAGGUUGAGAACUGGGCGUGGAAAAGAUACCCCAGUCAGCGGUGACGAGGACUCCAGUGCCCGAAGCGCAGCUCGCCCGGCCCUAGCUCAGUGCCGGGCCCUCAGUGUGGACUGGGCCGGCCCUGGGAGCCCCCACAGGCUCUACCUGACCGUGCAGCAAGCCCUGCUGGACAAGGGGUGCGAGAACAAGAGUCAGGGGACGAAAGAAGAGACGCUCCUGAAGAGGCAGGCGCCGGGCCCCAGGCGGGACCGGGAGGCCCAGGAAGCUGGUGGCGCCAUGAAUGUAGAGAAAACAGGUGGGCGGCUCUUUGGCAGCGGGAGGUGCUCGAGCCUGGCGGGGCCGCCAGGUGCAGCCCCCAUGGUGCAUAGGAUGGUGGAGGCCAUGUCCCAGCUGCAGGAGGAGAAAGCCCGGCUACAGGAGGAGCUGGCAGCCCUACAGGAGAGGCUGGCCCUCCGAGACAGUGACCAGCAAGCCACAUCCACCCAGCUGCAGAAUCAGGUGGAAAACCUGAAGGAGAAGCUCAUUAGCCAAGCCCAGGAAGUGAGCCGCCUUCGAUCAGAGCUGGGAGGCACGGACUUGGAGAAGCACCGGGACCUGCUGAUGGUGGAGAAUGAACGGCUGAGGCAGGAGAUGCGGCGCUUCGAGGCAGAGCUGCAGGAGCUGCGGGCCAAGCCGGUGGCCCCCUGCACGGGCUGCGAGCACAGCCAGGAGAGCGCCCAGCUCCGGGACAAGCUGUCACAGCUGCAGCUGGAGGUGGUGGAGAACAAGGGCAUGCUGUCGGAGCUGAAUCUGGAGGUGCAGCAGAAGACCGACCGGCUGGCGGAGGUCGAGCUGCGGCUCAAGGACUGCCUGGCCGAGAAGGCGCAGGAGGAGGAGCGGCUGAGCCGGCGCCUCCGGGACAGCCACGAGACCAUCGCCAGCCUGCGGGCCCAGUCGCCGCCAAUCAAGUAUGUCAUCAAGACCGUGGAAGUGGAGUCGUCCAAAACCAAGCAGGCCCUCAGCGAGUCGCAGGCCCGGAACCAGCACCUGCAGGAGCAGGUGGCCAUGCAGAGGCAGGUGCUGAAGGAGAUGGAGCAGCAGCUGCAGAGCUCGCACCAGCUGACCGCGCAGCUCCGGGCGCAGAUCGCCAUGUACGAGUCAGAGCUGGAGCGGGCACACGGGCAGAUGCUGGAGGAGAUGCAGUCCCUGGAGGAGGACAAGAACCGGGCCAUCGAGGAGGCCUUUGCCAGAGCCCAGGUGGAGAUGAAGGCUGUGCAUGAGAACCUGGCAGGUGUCCGGACCAACCUGCUGACGCUGCAGCCAGCGCUGCGGACCCUCACCAACGACUACAAUGGGCUCAAGCGGCAGGUGCGUGGCUUCCCCCUGCUCCUGCAGGAGGCUCUCAAGAGCGUCAAGGCUGAGAUCGGCCAAGCCAUCGAGGAGGUCAACAGCAACAACCAGGAGCUCCUGCGCAAGUACCGCCGGGAGCUGCAGCUGCGCAAGAAGUGCCACAAUGAGCUCGUGCGGCUGAAAGGGAAUAUCCGGGUGAUUGCUCGUGUCAGGCCAGUCACCAAAGAGGACGGAGAAGGACCCGAAGCGACCAAUGCUGUGACCUUCGAUGCUGACGAUGACUCCAUCAUCCACCUACUGCACAAAGGAAAGCCUGUGUCCUUUGAGCUGGACAAGGUCUUCUCCCCGCGGGCCUCACAGCAGGACGUGUUCCAGGAGGUACAAGCCCUGAUCACCUCCUGUAUUGACGGCUUCAACGUCUGCAUCUUUGCCUAUGGCCAGACGGGUGCCGGCAAGACCUACACGAUGGAGGGGACCCCCGAGAACCCAGGCAUCAACCAGCGGGCCCUGCAGCUGCUCUUCUCCGAGGUGCAGGAGAAGGCGUCCGACUGGGACUACACCAUCACCGUCAGCGCUGCCGAGAUCUACAACGAGGUCCUCAGGGACUUGCUGGGGCAGGAGCCCCAGGAGAAGCUGGAGAUCCGGCUGUGCCCAGACGGCAGCGGGCAGCUGUACGUGCCGGGGCUGACAGAGUUCCGGGUGCAGAGUGUGGAGGACAUCAACAAGGUGUUUGAGUUUGGCCACACCAACCGCACGACCGAGUUCACCAACCUGAACGAGCACAGCUCCCGCUCACACGCCCUGCUCAUCGUGACGGUGCGCGGGGUGGACUGCAGCACGGGCCUCCGCACCACGGGGAAGCUGAACCUGGUGGACCUGGCCGGCUCGGAGCGUGUGGGCAAGUCAGGGGCUGAGGGCAGCCGCCUGCGGGAGGCGCAGCACAUCAACAAGUCGCUGUCAGCCCUGGGGGACGUCAUCGCCGCCCUGCGCUCUCGCCAGGGCCACGUGCCCUUCCGCAAUUCCAAACUCACCUACCUGCUGCAGGACUCGCUCAGUGGAGACAGCAAGACCCUCAUGGUGGUGCAGGUGUCCCCCGUGGAGAAGAACACCAGCGAGACGCUGUAUUCCCUGAAGUUUGCAGAGAGGGUACGCUCUGUGGAGCUGGGCCCUGGGUCCCGCAGGGCAGAGCUUGGGUCCUGGUCCAGCCAGGAGCACUUGGAGUGGGAGCCGGCUUGCCAGACCCCACAGCCCUCGGCACGAGCACACUCAGCCCCCAGCUCCGGGACCACCAGCCGCCCAGGCUCCAUCCGGAGGAAGCUGCAGCCCUUGGGGAAGUCAAGGCCGGUGCCUGUGUGAUGGACGUGUCCACCCUACCAGACCGGGGACUGGGUCGUGAGGCCUUGCUGGCCCGCUCCUGCUGUAGCACUGGGAGCCUAGGAGGCAAAGGCCAGGGUGGAGGCACCUCUUCCACCCCGUCUCCACUCAGAGAUGAGAAACAUGCUCAGAAGGAAAUGGUGUCUCUCGUCCGUGGCUGUGGGUUCAAGUGGCACAGGCCGGAAGGGUAGGGAUGGCCCACUCUGCCUGACAGGCCCGGGCCAUCAGGGGGCCCUCACGGGGAGGGCAGGAGUAUGCGGGAAGGUGGUCCUCUCGCCCAGCCUGGUCCGACUCUCCCCUGCCUGCCGGGCCCCGUCUCUAGUGGGUGCGCUGAGGAGCCCCCGGGGGGCACAGGAACCAUGACACCCGGGCAGUUUGGUGGGCACCCUGGGGCAGCCCUGGCCACACGCGGGCCCUGUGCUGGACAUGUACAUAGUGUUCUAGGUGUACAUAGGGGCACGGCCCUCCCCGCCGAGGGCUGGCCUGUAUUUAUGGCUGGCAGGAGGCCAGUGGGUGGGGAUUCUGCUGCUCCCCUCAUCUGCCUGGUACCAGGCUCUCUCCUUGCUCACUGGCCUCUUGACAUCUUCCCCCCUUUGAAAUCCUAUUUAAGAACUUUUGGAAGCUUAGCCAUUUUUACUUAAAAUAAAAACCUUUUUACACAA